UCUUAGCUCGGUUUGCCUGGGCGUUAAAUGAUUGUAGCUGCCAUCGGCUCAGAUCUGCAUGUUCAGUACUGACACCCGGUCCCCUCCCCACACUGGUCUAUAAAUGCCCCGGGCCCGGCCAGUGUCCCAUGCAGGCUGCACUUGGACUGGCCUUGCACCAGAGCAGCUGCCCAGCGAGUCACUCAGGGGAAGUGAGAAGAUGGAGCCAGUCACCUACUUCAGCCUCUGCCUCCUCGGCUGCCUGAUCUUUAAUCCCUCCCUGGCAGCCCCCUCUCUCUCAGCAGAGGCACAGGCUAUGUCGUGUCCCAGAGGCUGGCUCUCCUUCCAUGACACCUGCUAUCGAUUUCCACAAAAAGAAGACUGGAUGGAGGCUGAGGCUCAUUGCCAGCACCAAAGGCACAGGGCCCAUCUCGCCUCCAUUCAUAGUCGUGGAGAAAAUAAAAUGCUGGCCCAUUACAUCAAGCGGUACCACAAAAAGUGCAGUCUCGUCUGGAUCGGACUCUCAGACCCUAAGCAUAAUCAAAGCUGGAGAUGGUCAGAUAAUUCCAUGCUCAGUUUCACAGCUUGGGGUAAUGGGCAACCUGAUAGUCCGAGAAAAAACGAGCACUGUGUGGUGUUAGAACAUCCAGGUUUUCAAAAAUGGCACGAUUAUCCCUGUGAUUGGAGAUUCUCUUUUGUUUGUAAGCACAAACCCUAGGGGAGGCAGCUUGCCUGGACCAGAGGGCUCCCAGUACCUGGGCUCUGAGUGAAUCGA